UUUAAAUCCUUUAGCUUUCUUUUGUCCAAUAUUCCUCUCUCUCUCUAUAUAUGUUUCUCUCUCUUCUUAUUCUCUCUCUCAAAUUCGUAAUAUUAAUUCACUAUUGGCUAUAAAAGGAGAUCUUGUGUGUCAGAACUCUGAAACUGCAGUUUCAAAACAGGCACCCUUUAUGUCAGAAACCAAAUCUUCCUUCAUUCUCUCUCUCUCUCUACGUAUCAAGAACUGCAAAACCCUAAAAUUUGGAGCAUCAUUCAUCACUGAUCCAUCAAAUUAAAUAAACCCUUCGAUCAGCCUUUAAUUAUAUUUCUAUUCAAUUAAUUAAUCCAUGGAAAAGAGAUCUGCAGGCACCAUGAAGAAGAAGAAGAAGAACCCACACACAAACCCUAAUUUCAUCAAAAUUAGAUUUGCAAUCAAAUUCCUCCGAGCAAUCAACAGAUUGAACACCACCAACACAUCGAGAUCCGUCGACAAGUACAGAAGAUAUCAUACCAUCAGAGCUGCCGCCUGCGCAUCCAUGGCGUCGGCAGUGGGACCGACGAGAGCCUGGAGCCGGGCCCUUCUCAGAACCCGCAGUCCCCACCGAUUCCUGGCCAAUAGCAGAAAAAUAGUGGCCGUCGCCGGCGGCGGAAACCCCAGGGAAAACCAUCUCCGGCGACUCGUCCCCGGCGGCGACGCCAUGGAUUCCUGCGGAUUGCUGAAGGAAACCGUUCAUUACAUAAACUGCCUCAGAGCUCAGGUUCAACAAGUAACUUCAACUUGAGGACAUCUAAUUGGUAGGUAACUUGGGUAGUUACACGCUAGUGGUAUACUUCACAUUGGAAAGCAACCAUUUUAGGAAGCUCACAAUACAUAUAGAAUUGGAAAAACACACAAAACCUUGGCUAUGCCAUUUUAGGAUAAUUUUUGGAAAACAUUCACUAUAAUGCUUUCAUAAAUGUUAAAAUAUGGUACUUAAAUGUGUUAUACUAGGCCUACAAGAAAAUGUUGAAUAGUACAUAAAAAAAAAAAAAGAUUAUAUAAUCAAGAAUGAUGCAUUGAUUCACCUCAACGAAACCUAUCCCCUACUUUACACCUUCUUGUUAUAAGCACCUUGAUACCAACAAUUACUAACAAAAUGAGAUCUCCCUCAGGUAGCUUCUAGUUUUCUAGUUCCUCGUCACUGGUUAGAACUUUCUCCACUUCACAAAUCCUAUAAGCAAUAGCAAUACAUUACACACUUCCAACAACCAUGUCUUCAAUUGGUUUUAGCAGGACCGUCUUGGACUUUUUCACGGUCCUAAGCAAAAAUUAAAUUAUGGGCACUAUAAAUAUACAAUAAAUGUAUAUUUCAAAAUAAUGUCACCAACAAAUAUAACAAUAAAUUUCAAAAAAGUAAAAAUUAUUUUAAUUAUAUAUUCAAAAAACGGUCAUACGUACAAAAUUUAUCAUCAGUUAAAAAUAAACAAUAUUUUGACUAUUAUAAAAACAAUGAUCCAAUAAUAAUAAUAACACUAAAAUAAAAUAAUUAUAAUUAUGAACUAUAAAUGCCAUUCAUUAAAAAAAUUUUUGGAUGGACGGACGACGAUUAGAUUUGAGAUUUUCGUAAAAUUUCUUUAUAUGUAUUGUAUAUACAAUUAUAUAUAUGGUAAAAUUGUUCAUAACUCCCCCGUGGUUUCAAAAUUCAGCUAAAAUCUCCUUGUACUUUCAAAAUUGCAUAGCACUCUCUUAUACUUUAAAAAACGUUGCAUAAAAUCCCACUGCUAUGAAACUUCCCUUGUGUGAUAAGAAAAGGAUUUUCCAUCUAUAUAUUUUGCAUGGUGGGGGAUUUUAUACAAUAUUUUUUAAAGUAUAAGGGAAUAUCAUGCAACUUUUAAAGUAAAAGUGAAUAUUUAUACUGAGUUUCGAAAUCACAGAGGGGUUUCAUGCAACAUUUGUUAAAGUAUAAGGGGGCGCCACAUAAUUUUUAAAGUAAAGGGGGAAUUUACACCGAGUUUCGAAACCACAAAGUAGUUAUGAGCAAUUUUUCCUAUAUAUGUUAAUGUAUAUAUAAAUGUACAUAUUCCACAAAUUAUAAGAAAAUUUUUCGACAAAACAAUUUCAUUUUUCAUGCAAUGUGUAAAUAUAUAGAUAAAAAUAUAAAAAUUGUAAUUGUAUAUAUAAAUGUAUAGAUAAGUGUUGUUUAAAAAUAUUAGUCAAUUAUAAAUGUAUAUAUAUGUAUAUGUAAAUAAAUAUAUAUUCGUAAAAUUUUUUUAUAAGUAUUGUAUUAUAUAUAUUAAUGUAAAUAUAAAUGUAUAUAUAUGUUGUAACCGCUUUGAAAAUAUGGCAUGUGAAAGAUUGUGCCUAGAAUAGAAGAAGUUGUAUCUACACAAGCUCAAAAUUGUACCUAGAUAAGUACCAGGUUGCACUUGGCCUUUCUAGGCAUCUAUCUGUACUAGAGGAAACUAAUGCUUCGAUAUCAAAUUCAAUAUUUUAAAAUUUUUCCACUGUAUUCGGAUGCAACUGUACGUAUACUUCAACAAGAUGCACUUAUCCUACAAAUAAUAAAAAAAGUUCCCGACAAUACAAUGUCAUUUUUCAUUCCAAGCGUAAAUAUAUAUGUAAAUGUAAAUGUUGUAAUUGUAUAUAUAGGUGUUGUUUAUAAAUAUUAGGCAAGUAUAAAUGUAAAUGCAAAUGUAUAUGUAAAUAAAUAUUUAUUGGUAAAAGUUAUUUAUAAGUAUUGUAUAUACAAUUAUAUAUAUUAAUAUAUACAUAAUUACAUAUAUGUUGUAACCACCUCGAAUAAAUGAUACGUGAAAUAUUGUGCCUACAAUAGAAGAAAAUUGUACCUACACAAUGUCAAAAUUGUACUUUCAUAGGAAUCAAGAUGUACUUAGCGCUCGCUAGAUUUGUACAUGUACUAUAAGAAACUUGUACUUCGAGAUCAAAGUUGAAAUUUUUGGGUUUUUUUAUCGUAUUUAAAUACAAUUGUACGUAUACUUUAAUAAGGAUCAUAUAUCCCACAAAUUAUAAGAAAAAUCCAUGGCAAAACAACGUCUUUUUUCAUGCCAAAUGCGUCUUCACAAUCCAAAAAAUCCCUUAUGUUGCAACCUGUCCCAUGGGACACGAGAAGAAACUAUAUUCAACAUCUACUAUUGAUCGAGUGCGAGAAGGCGGUGUAACUACCUUGAAAAAAUAAUACGUGGAAUGUUAUACCUACAAU